CAUUCUGAUCCGAGGAUCAGCUGGAGGCAGCAAUAAACAAGAAGAAGCGAUCUGCAGCGGAGAGAAGAGAAAAAAAAUAGAGGAGGUAGAGAGAGAGAGAAAGGAGUAGAAAACAAGAAAAGCUGCAGAUGUUUUGAUUUGCAGAAACAACGUCAGUGUAACAUUUGUUUUACACGAAGCCCUUCUUCUGAGAAGAAAGCCUUUUAUUUUUGUAUUAACGGUGUUUUUUCAACUACCUCACUUAAAGGCUAUCUAAAGCUAUGCUUUAAGAAUUGUCGUCGUUUCUACUGUGUGUGAGAUCUCGUUUACAACUUGAAUUCUACUGCAAAGGCAGGCCUUUGCUCCAAACCAAGUGAAACCUUACAUUUGCACUACAGAAGCCUGUCCACCCCUGUUUGUUCAUAAAACCGAGAUCCAGCAAAGGGCUUCAAAAGAAAAGGAAUUGCAUUUGUUAAAGAAGAAAAAAGAAAAAGAAAAAAAAAAGCAACAAGUGAUACAUAAACAUAACUAAGAAAUUCAAGAAGGCAGCUAAACCUUUUUUCACCCUCUUUGGACAACAAAUAAGCACCCGAGUCAUCAACUCUUGGCAGUUCAGGCAGAGUCAGUCAUGUUCCAGCGUCUGAGCAACCUGUUGUUUGGGGAGGUGGAGGAAGUGGCAGCCGAGCUGAAGGGACCCAACCCCUGUGUGACGGAGGCUGACGAGGAGGGAUGGAUGCUCGUCAAUCUGCCUGGAGGGUCUGACUGCAUGUUGCGGGCAGAGGGUGAGACCGGAGCACCGCCGAUUGCACGUUCAACCCCCGACAGUAGCCUUUCCCAUCAUCAAGACACACAUGCAAGGACUGAGUGUCUGACCCCUAUUCCCCACCCGUCUCGCAAGCGCCGUAGGACAUAUAAAGGUCAGGCGCGGAUUGCGGUGGCAUCAUCGAACCCUCUGUCUUUCACUAGAGCUAGCCCAUCAGUGACCCUGCCAAGGCGGGCCAGACUGUCCACACCCUCGUCCACCCCGUCAAUGUCCCCUGGCUCUGGGAGUGAGUGUGGGAGCAGUGGGGGUAGCAGUAAGGCAGGAUCAGAGAGAGGCUGCAUGGAUGAGAGCUGGUUUGUCACCCCUCCCCCCUGUUUCACUGCAGAAGGCGCCACGGCCGAGGCCAGCCCGAUGGAGGACCUGCUCAUCGAGCACCCCAGCAUGUCUGUGUACGUGUCGCCAAACAAUUCGUCCAUGGUCUCCAACGGCAACCUGUCUGUGGUGGGAGAGGAGAGCGUGGUCAGCCUGGCGAGCAGCAUGAGCAGAGUGACUGAGCCAGCCGCUGCCCCCGCCACCCGCACCACCAUGCCCACCAGGGUGAGCCGUGGAGCAGCUGCCCAGGCUGGAGCCCUGGCUAAGGUCACCCAAGUGGCCAGGGUCCAGCGUAGCAAAGCUCGCAUUGAGAGGCGCCAUCUGGGCCGCAACCGCAUCCAACGCCAAAACCGCACCAGGGAGCAGGUGCCACGUCACGCAGCCCACGUCAGAAACACCUUCCUUCACCAGCCCAGCAAGCGUAACGUCUGCCACUGAACCCCCAACACACAGGGGGCGUCGUUCACUCUGAGGGCAUUAGACACACGUGAUAAAAAUAUAUUGACCCACCGCAUAUUCACGUCCAUUUCUGCACAUUAUAUCACAUUAACUCAGAUACCAGUAGACCAGUAGCUCUGAUGGAUGUUUUUGGUUAUAGACAAAGAUUUAUGCCCCGCUCUGCUCUCAUGAACCGAGUCCUCUGAGUAGUUAGAUCUUUAUUAUACUCUGUGUCCAUUGCAGUAUCCAAACAACAACAAAAAAAAUCUUCAAAAUAUUUACACAGGCUGUACUUAGUAACAAUAAUGUCUGAAAAACUGCAAAAAAAAAUAGCUUUAUUAGUUUUUCUUUCUCGCUCAGUCAAAUAUUCUCUAUUAUCCCACUUUUCUUCAAGGCAUGUUUUUGUCCAAUCAGCCAUGACGUCUCCAUGAAGCUUCUUAAAUGUGGAGAUAAUGAUUUGAAGUUAUAAUAUUUUUCUUUUUGAUAAAGGAACAGGUCUUUUUCGUCGGAGCCACGUGAGACAGAGUUAAAGUAACUUCUUUAAUUCUAUCAAAAUAUCAUUUUGAUGUUGUUUAGUUUAGGUGGAGGGGAAAAAAAUACCGUGUGCGAGUGACGAGAGGGACGGGACAAUCACGAGACACUUGUUUGCCCUUCGGCUUCGUCAUUAAAGAUGUGGCAACCUGUUGCAUCAUGGGCAAACAAAAGUGCUGUGAGAAUCCUCUCUUCUCACUUUGAGAAGGUUGAGAGGAAGUCGAGGGUGGUGCUGCGUUGAAGAGUGCGAGCAAAACAGACUAAAGAGUAAAGAGAAAUGGCACAGUGGGUUUAGAACUCCACUGUGGGUCGUGUGAACUGGUCACAGGAAAGUUGUGUAACCCUGAGAGCAGCCUGUGAAGGUGCAGCCACAGUAAAUCCAAUGGGAAAUCCCGCUGUGUGAUAUCAACGACUGUGAGCGCAGCACAUGAAUGCAGCGCUUGCCUCUGGGUUACAAGGUAUGUUAGGUUAUAAGUAAGUAGAGAGCGGGUUAUUCAGGGGCGUUGCAACAGGGCAGGCAAAGCAGGGGGGCCCCCCCUAUGUGAGCAGCUGAUUACUUCAAGGGCAAUUCAUGAUUUCCACUCAUGUCCGCGACAGUAGAAUUUGUCCAAAUACAGUCUUAUACGUCUAUUAAGCAACUAAACUGUGUCAAUAAGACGUUUGUGGUAAUGCAAUAGUUGACAAACUAAAAAGCAUUACAUCACAGAUGGUAACGCCUAAAUGAAUCGCUUUGAAGCUCAUUCAAACCAAACUUUACCAAGUUAUAUGAAGACAACU